AUGGCUGACGAUCAAUCCGCAUCAAAUGAAAGAAAUGGAAAUGAUGACGGAAGUGAUUUAUCUUAUGAUGAUGAUGUAGCAACAACAGUCGUUGCUGAAAGUAUUAAAACUACUACUGUAGCAGAAGAUUAUGUUGAAGAACCAAUUGAAGAUUAUGUCGUCAAUUUAGUUGUCAAUGAACAACCUGAAGGUGGUGUUACACUAUCAACCAGUAUAGUUGAUGCAGCUAUAACAGAUAUUCAGGAUAGUAUGAUACCAUCAAAAACAUCAACAAUUAUUGACAAGAUCAAUGAGUAUGUAACAACAGCGGUUGAUGAAUUGAGCACUAGUACUCCCGAAGCUAUUACGGGUGGCAAACGAUGGUGGGGUUGGUCCACGCAAAAAUUAGUAUUUGUUGGUUUAAUUGCACUCUGCAUCCUUGCGAUCCUUAUUGUCAUUUUGAUUUUAGUUGUCGGUAAGAAAUUUAAGACAACGAAAAAACCAUCGACAGGAUCUGGUUCAACAACUGCCACGAAAGCAGUAGUAACCAAAGGCAUAUCACCAGACCCGAAAUAUCAACCAGUGCCAAGUGUUUGA